UCUAAAUGAAAAAAGCUUAGACGACCUUCUGCGAUUUGGCCUUUCUAAAACUAGUAAUCCGAGAUCUUGCCGUGAAUGGUGCACAUAUGACGUAUCUCUUCACCAUAAAUGUCCCUCUCCCAUUCCUCACACACGCAACUCCUUCCUUCUGUGUCUGCUCUCUUCUGUCACUUCUCAAAUUUCAUUACAACACCAUUCUCAUAGUUCAUCCUCUUUCUUUUUUCUAGUCAAAAUAUACAGUCUAUUCUCAGUAUUCGUUUACUGUUUCUUUCUUUGACUACACAGCACUGAUUUAUUAUAUCUUUGUUUUCCACCAUUUCAUACUUGCAAACAAGAAAAAGAAAUCGUCUUUUUUUGCUACACAGAACCAAGAAUUGUGAAAAAGCUAAAUGCCCAUUUUGAUCCUUUUGACACGCUAGAAUAUUGAAGACCUUCAUUUUGAUUAAAUUUGAAGGAGAAAGAAAAAGUUUUCAGGUGACUUGAUGGUGCAAAAAAUCUUUUACAACGCCAGUGUAUAGAAGUCAAAACUCUUAGGAAAUUGAGCAAAGCAAAUUGAUGAAUAUGGUGAUUGUGAGACGGACACUAGCAUGCUGUACAAGAGACACAAAGAUUAGCAAUGACUUUGGUGAACAAGAGAAAAUGCAACUUUCAGGAAUUACAACAUAUGAUGGCCUCGAGAGCUGCAUACUAAACAGUCAGUCUUAUGACAUUGAAAGUGGCACUAGUAGAGGUGUUACAGAUUCCUUAUAUGAUGACGACUCAAGCAGCUCUUCCAGCAACAAUGCUUUUGGAUCUUAUGAUGGAAAUUUCCCCUCAAGUCCUCAACAUUUUUAUGUGAAGGAAAAACCUGCUUAUACAACACAACUUUCAGAAGUGGAAACAAUGAAAGAAAUAUUUGCAAAGUUGUUGCUCGGGGAGGAUGUGACCGGAGGAAGCAAGGGGAUUUCCAGUGCAUUGGCAUUGUCCAAUGCCAUUACAAAUCUUGCAGCAUCUGUAUUUGGAGAGCUGUGGAAAUUGGAGCCACUUGCAGAGGAAAGAAAGAGGAAAUGGAGAAGGGAAAUGGAUUGGUUGCUCUCACCUACUAAUCAUAUGAUUGAGCUGGUUCCUGCAAGACAACGUGGCUCAAAUGGCCAGAGAUUGGAGAUAAUGACACCAAAAGCUCGUGCAGACAUCCAUAUGAAUCUUCCAGCACUUCGGAAAUUGGAUUCCAUGCUUCUUGAAAUACUGGAUUCAAUGGUUAAUGCUGAGCUUUCAUACACGGAAGUGAGUAGCCGAGCAGAAAGGAAAAGCACGAGGUGGUGUCUUCCUUCACCCAAGGUACCCAUAGCCGGGCUCUCUGACGCCGAAAGAAAGAAAUUGUUGAAUCAGGGAAAAUUGGUGAAUCAAAUAUUCAAGGCAGCAAGAGCUAUCAAUGAAAAUGUCUUGGCUGAAAUGCCUGUUCCAACAGUUAUCAAGGAUGCACUUCCAAAGUCUGGAAGGACAAGCCUCAGGGAGGACCUUUAUAGGAUCCUGACUGAAGAAUCAGCCUCUGCUGAAGAAAUGUUCAAUUCCUUAAACUUGAGAUCCGAAAACAGCGUUCUUGAAGUUGUUAACAGGUUAGAGGAAGCCAUUAUUGUAUGGAAAGAAAGAGUAACUGAUCAAGCUAGUGGAAAAUCUCCAGUUCAAAAAUCUUGGUCUUUCGUAAAAGAUCCAGUAUUUGAGCUAGACAAAUUGCAGGUCUUAUUGAGUCAAGCGGAAGUUCUUCUGCAGCAGCUCAAACUUAAGUAUCCAAACCUUCCUCAGACGUUCCUCAAUGUCACAAAAAUCCAGUAUGGCACGGACAUUGCACAUUUAAUUCUGGAAGCAUACUCGCGGGCUCUGUUAAACUUAGCAUACAAAAUUCUGACAAGGAUCGGAGAAAUUUUGCAAGUAGAUUUCUUAAGCAACCCCAACUCACCAGCAGCUACUGGCUACUUGAGUCCUAUAUUGAGUGAGGCACUCGUUGAUCGAUCAGAUGAACAGAGCUGAUGGACAUUUUAGUGACUCCUUUCAUACAAAUUGAUGUUUACACUAUGGACAUUGAGUUUGCUUAACCAAAGACAAGUUAAGGAAGGCAACAUCAAGUUGAAACCGAGUUUGGUGCAUUGGCAGGGAAGCUUAUAGCAGCAUGUCUACUGCGAAUUCUCCUUAACAAGGAUAUUUUUUGUGCUAGUCUUUUUGUAGAGAUAUAUAUAUGUACACACACCAUUUCCAUGUCAAGUAUCAACCUUAGCUUCUGGCUGAAUUUUCAUAGUUGUUGGCAUGCAUUUUACAAGCUAAACAACAGAGUUUGUUAAAUAUUUGUCCGAGACUUAAAGUGCUCAUUUUUGACAAAAUUAAAGGAUCAAGAUUGCUUAGGAGUAA